AAUACGUCAACGUUUGGUGCAGACAAAUGGACAGAGCAGUCACAUGGACUUCUUCCUUUGUCAUCUUUUUCACGUUUACAACCAAAACUUCUUAAAAUUAGUUACAUUACAUCUCCUUGAUAUUUUUUUUGGUCGGCAAUAAUUUUAUUUGCAACAGUGUUUCAGAUUCAAAUGUGGUUUACAACAAAAAUUGUCCCACACCUUCUGCUCUUGACAAUUUUAUGAUUAUUUUAUAUUAUCAAAAAGCAUGGCAAUCAAAAUUGGUUGAAUGGUGACGCAUAUUUUUCUUCCCGCCAUGCGUUACACGUCCCGCACGUUAACAAUCAUUGCCAUUUAAAAAUGAGAGUCCGAAACAGGUCUCGGGAAUACUUCCAUAAAUAGCCAAACUUAUUCAGGACUACCUGCUCCAUGGUUAUCACUUACAAACUCACAUCAUCAUACUGAACAAAAAAAAUGGUCACGUUCUUGGGUUCGUUCCUCGCAAGGGCCAUCGUUAACUCCCGUUUAAACCAGUUGAGAGGUCCACGAAAUUUUCGAAGGCUCCUUUGCGAUUGCAGCAAGAGUAGAGUCGACGAUCACCGCCUCCCUCCCUCCAAACUACAGGAAGACGAGGAGAUCGUGAAGUCUGUCGUCGACGGCGUGAUCCCGUCGUACUCUCUUGAAUCUCGUCUCGGAGAUUGCAAGAGAGCCGCGUCUAUAAGGCGCCAGGCGCUGCAGAGGCUUACCGGGAGAUCGAUCGAAGGAUUACCGUUGGAUGGGUUUGAUUACGAUUCCAUCUUAGGGCAAUGCUGUGAGAUGCCUGUAGGGUACGUUCAGAUUCCCGUGGGGAUCGCUGGACCGUUGUUGCUCGACGGUUAUGAGUACUCUGUUCCGAUGGCUACUACGGAAGGUUGUUUGGUUGCGAGUACUAACAGAGGGUGUAAGGCUAUGUAUGUCUCUGGUGGAGCCACCAGUACUGUUCUCAAGGAUGGUAUGACUCGUGCUCCUGUUCUUAGGUUCGCGUCUGCGAGGAGAGCUUCCGAGCUCAAGUUUUUCUUGGAGAGUCCUGAGAACUUUGAGACUCUGGCUGUUGUUUUCAACAGGUCAAGUAGAUUUGCGAGGCUGCAGAGUGUUAAGUGCGCGCUCGCGGGGAAGAAUGCUUAUGUGAGGUUCGGUUGUAGUACUGGUGAUGCUAUGGGGAUGAAUAUGGUAUGUAAAGGUGUGGAGAAAGUUCUUGAGUUUCUCACUGAAGAUUUUCCUGAUAUGGAUGUGAUUGCACUCUCUGGUAACUACUGUUCGGACAAGAAAGCUGCUGCUGUGAACUGGAUCGAGGGACGUGGAAAAUCAGUUGUGUGCGAGGCAGUAAUCAGAGGAGAUGUUGUGAACAAGGUCUUGAAAACGAGCGUGGCUGCUUUGGUGGAGCUUAAUAUUCUCAAGAACCUUGCUGGCUCUGCUAUCGCAGGCUCUCUAGGUGGAUUCAAUGCUCACGCCAGCAACAUAGUCUCUGCUGUGUUCUUAGCCACUGGUCAAGAUCCUGCUCAAAACGUUGAGAGCUCUCACUGCAUCACCAUGACGGAAGCUAUUAACGACGGGAAAGAUAUCCAUAUCUCCGUAACCAUGCCAUCUAUUGAGGUGGGGACAGUGGGAGGAGGAACACAGCUUGCGUCACAAUCAGCGUGUCUGAACCUGCUCGGAGUUAAAGGAGCGAGCAAGGAAUCGCCGGGGAUGAACUCAAGGAGGCUAGCGACAAUAGUGGCAGGAGCAGUUUUGGCAGGAGAGUUAUCACUUAUGUCAGCAUUAGCAGCUGGACAACUUGUGAGGAGUCACAUGAAAUACAAUAGAUCCAGCAGAGACAUCUCUGGAGCAACAACAACAACAACAAGAAAAUGAUCUGAAUCAUCAUCAUCAUCAUCCAUCAUGUCUGUCUGCCCACUCUGAUACCAACUGGUGGAAUUUUACAACUCAUUUCAUUCUCUGGUGGACACACUUGGCCAUGUGCGUGCAUUUGCCUUCUUAUGUUCAAUACAAACUUUAAAAUGUUUUUGUGAUUUGUCAUUCUCUCCUUCUUCCCUCUCUGUCUCUCACUCAUCGAUUCCUAUUUGAUCUGUCUAAGCUUUCUCUCCUUCUUCCUGUUAAGCUAGAUGGGCUUCACACUUAAAACCAAUUGGUGAUAAGAGAAGUGAUCCAUCUAUCUUAUAUAUUGCUAAGGAUCCCUUCCAAUAUUCGAUGUGGGACAACUAUGUGUCUAAUACUUCCCUCUUUGUGUUUGUUAGCAAGUGUUGUGUCUUGUGUAUAUGAUGAUGAAAAACAUGUAUGCAGUUGCGUUUAAGGAUAUGAGUGCAUACUUGCUGUGCUUUUUUUUUGUC